AUGUCAGUUAAACAAAAUUCGAUAUUUCUAGUCUUGAUAAUUGUCCAAGUUCUUAUGAUCGGAAUAAUAGCUGACCAGUCUUCAGGACUAGAUAAAGAGAUUGUCGAUGCUAUGCAGUCAGCUAUGCAUGUAAACUUAACUACAAGACUUGUGAAUAUCACUGCUACUGUUUCUACUACUGUUACAUCAUCUACUUUAAAAAGAAAACAUUUUUCUAGUAAAACAACUACUGAAGCAAGACCUGAAUGGCUCGGAGAUGCAAUUAAAGAUAUUGCUUAUUAUUUAAGAUCCCACAAAUUUAACGAAUAUGACAGAAGGUACUACAAAAAUGGAACUAAUGCACCCAGACUGUAUCAUCAGCAUUUUCCACGACCACCACUGAGAUCUCUCCACUGGGAGGUGCGUUUAAAUUGUGAGGAGUCAUUCAUACGAUGCGUCGACUACUUGAGAGGUAAAAUAAAGGGGACCGCCUUGAGAAGACAGGAUGACACGUCUAUAGUCGUACAAGAGAACCAAUGGCGUUACCCAAAUAAUUCAAGGGAAAUCGAUCAAACUGAUUUGGAGUGUAGAAAAACAUUAAAAACUGAUUUCAACUAUGCACCGCCGUUUGAUGGUCCACUUGAAAGAUAUCAAUGGAGAAGUACAGCAAGUUACUAUAUGUGUUGGUUCACUAUGAACGAAAUUGAUGAUUUGAAGCAUAUAGGAGAAAACUGCGAUAAUUUUGCAUAUUGUAUGGAUAUGUCUUUUGGGCCCCGACACAACGAUCCAAGAGCAGAUGAUUCUACACCUUUCGAAUGUGCCAGAUAUAGCUUUUGUCCGGACCCGUGUUGCUCUAACAAGCAUCUGGAUAAUAUCGAGCGCUGCUGGAACAAUGAGGAAAAUCCCUGCUUUGACGAAAACGCCCCCGGACAAAGGGACUGCUCUGUCAGCAAAUCAGAAAAUAUCGAUUUCACAAAUUUGAUUCUGAAUAGAUGGAAUGUGUCUUGCAAUUGUCCGAAUAAGGGAUAUAUUUGGAGUUCUCUCUAUGGAAUUUGUGUCGAUAUAAAUGAAUGCAGUGAUACAAAAAAUCCUCCAUGUGCAGAAUCUGGACAAUCUUGUUUAAAUUUGCCUGGAAGUUAUGAAUGUAUUUGCCAAUGGGGCUACUUCUACAGUCCCCAGAAACAAAGUUGUAUACAUAGUGACGUCUUGUCAAAUAUAAUGUUAGAUAGUGAAGCACAUCAGAAUAUUUCAGCAAAAAUAAAAUGGGAGAUAAUCAUGAAGAAAGUGCUAAAGUUUUUGCGAAAAUCUGAAUAUGUCGAUAAAUAUAGAGUAUGUCAACAAUUAUUGUGA